AUGGUUGAGGUGCUUAUUACAUCUGAUUUAGUUUCUGUUCAAAAGACUUUCAGAACGAAUAUAACAUUGACAGAGUUAUGUACUAAAUUAAACAUUAUUACAGGUGUUGAACCAAAUGAUAUGAAAUUGAGAUUAUCAUACACAAAUUCUCACGAAGACAACAUUAUAGUUCCUAGUCGAGUUCAAGGUGUCAGCCUACCUUUGUCACCUAUCAAUUCAUUUCAAGUGUCUGCGAUUUCGGUAGAGGAUACAAAUGCAAGCUCUGUUACUAAUCAAUUGAAGAGAGACUCGUCGAACCCAGGUGGUGAAGUUGCAUUCAAAUUAUCUGAGGAAGAGUACGCUUCUAGGGAAUCGAGCGUCUUAAGAUGGAAGAAAGAUAAUCAAUUGGGGCGUUUCGAUCCAAAAUAUUUAGUCAAGAAAGAUGAAGAAUUAAAACUACAUAAAGAUAAAAUGAAUAAACUAGAAGUUGGACAAAGAUGCGCAGUGAAGACUGAGGACCAACCUGAAAGAAGAGGUUGGUUACGAUACUUAGGGAAAGUUCCUGAGAUCAAUGUUGAGGAUCUAUGGUGUGGUGUAGAAUUUGACGAACCUCUGGGUAAAAAUAAUGGUUCUUAUCAAGGCAUUCAGUAUUUUGGUCCUGUACCAAAUAAAUAUGGUGCGUUUGUGAAACCUAGAUUUGUGGAGACAGGAGCACAGUACAAACCGUUUGAUAUUGACUUCUCUGAUAGUGAGGAUGAUGAGAUAUGA